AUGAAGGCAGCCCUAGAUCAGCAUCUCAAGAACACCGCGCCACUUGAUCGACUGCACGGCUUUAUGUUCUUUGAAGAUACGAAUAGUAUCAAGGACCUCGGUGAAUCACUUGAUUGGGCGUCAGCUAGGGAAGUCCUUCGUCGUGCUUUGCGCAUCGCUGAUCGGUCUGGCCAAUGCUCCCAGAUGCUUAGCGACGAGUCAGCGUGGAACAACAUGGUGCAUACUCCUCUGCUCGAACUGUUUGCUCGCGAUAUGUACAGCUGUACAAAUCAAGAACUUCUUGACUUCAUAUCUUGCACAACGACAAACGUUGACUCAGCAUAUCAUAGAUUCCCCGACACAGCAAGCCGGGUUGACUACGUCCUACGUUUCAUACCGGAACGUGAUCCAACCUUCCGUGCCCCAUCUGACGUUAUGGCGCCCUGCUUCAAUUGGACGACCGACAGACUGCUGCAACAGUACCCACUCGCCUUUAGCAUCGAAACUAAGCGUUACGGUGGUAACACGGCAAAGGGGGAGCAGCAGAUGGGGAUUUGGCAUGCCGCUCAGUGGGAGUUUUUAAUAUCCAGGACUGGCUCAGUGGCCACAAAUAAGCUCGAAUUCUUACCAGGCGUUGUGGUACAGGGUCAUAUUUGGUCACUUGUUAUCACGACGAGGUCCCAAGCUAUAACGACUGUUCUUUGCAGUGUUGAAUUUGGAAAUACCAGCUCUGUUAUUGGCGUGCUCCAAGUCAUCGCUGGUCUGCGACGUCUGCGAAAAUGGUCUCUUGAAAUCUUAUGGCCGUGGUAUAAAGAGAAUCUACCUGGACUUUGUCAGCUCUGA